CCAGGAACCGACUUGUAAAGCCGGAGACCAACAGUUUUUAUACCGUUGAUGGUUAGGGUUAACAGUGCAAGUCCAUGUCCUUGUAGGAUACGAAAUCUACUAAAUUACUUUCUUCUUCAUCUUCCUCGUCUUCGUCUCUUCCACUUGUUCUUCGCACUAUUCUCUUUAACACAAUCUGUCAAGCAACUCAUCGUCCUUUUCCUUCUACUUCUCCUUCUUCUUCUUCGUACUGCUUUCGAAAAUGUCUCAGUUAUUCUCUACUCUUCUCUUCGGGGAUAACGAAGAAUUUGAGUCUUUCUUGGGUGACGAGCUUAAGGGUUUCAUGGGGCGACUCUCAGGUUCCCAAGAGUCCUCCCCUGCGUUGCGCUUGCCGCUACUGGUUUUGAUGGGCAACGACGAAGAUGCUUUGGCGAUGGCGGAAUUAGCUACUGAUGAAGAUGGUCCAAAUACACAGCCCGCCAGUGCCCAACUCUUUGAAAAGCUCGAGGUGAUCAGAAUCGAAGAAUCCGGUUUGGUGUGCUCGAUUUGCUUGGGCCAAUUGUCGAUCGAGUCGGAAGCUAGGCGGUUGCCGUGUUCUCAUGUCUACCACGGCAACUGCAUCAUGGAGCGGCUGAAGAAGAGUAAGACUAAGACUAAGACAUGCCCUCUUUGUCGAUUGUGUUGAUCGAUCGCUGGAUAAGUGAAUUGGAUGACUACUCAGGAGAACUUAAUAUUCCAUGUCCUGCCGUUGCUCGUUCGAGCUUAUGAUGAUACUGAUCUGGGCAUUCAAGAGGAAGUCCUGAAAAAUCUGCGUCUCUUGCUAAGCAACUCGAUGUUCAGGUGAUUGCCAUUUGUAUAGAUUUGUGUGCCUGCAUGUGUUUAUGCAGACAACAUAUUCUAUUCAUGUAUGUGAAUGCAUAUUUUCAUUUUCAUAUAUUGGUUGCUUUCAUCCUUGCCUAGGAAGCUGGUGAAAAUUUGCAGCAGUGUCCUAAUAUGACAAUUACAUGGUGAUUGACAAUCAUAAUCCAGAAACUAUAAGUUCAAAUUGAUGCCAUAGAGUGGAAAUGAAAAAUUCUUUUAUUUA